AUGCACCACGCACGAUCGUCAGAGGAGUUCAAAGCGAUGGCCAAAUUGUGUACGGAUAAGUGGCGUGAUGACAAGCAAAAUACGUACGCCGACUGGUUCUCUAAGGUGUACUUGUCGGACAGCCGACGCGCGACAUACCCGGCAUUUUACCCUCGCAAAAUGCGCUGGAGUCGCAUAACAGAGCUAUCAAGACGUGCGGUUUCAGGUUCAAGCGAGCCAAGACCGGAGUGUCCAAAGGGUCCGUUUGGUCACUACUGCGAAGGGCCCCUACCAAGCCAAAUGAUUCUGAGGACGUUAGGUCAUGGCGCUACUGGAGUACACUGGAUUAAACGAGAUCCAGGGAAGCAAACGGGUAUUCUUCGCUCCGUGUUCUUCAACACUUCAACUUACAUGUCCCUUGGUGAAGAAGUCACGCAGGAACGAGUGACUCGGUACUGCGAAGCAAAGGACGGAAGAUUUCUCGAGACCGACACUAUACAGGACAUAAACCUCCACUUUCUUUCACUACACCAGGUUGAAUUUAUUGGUGAUCCGGACCAACUAUUACGGUUCCAGUUCGCACUUCAACCCGUCAUCACUAUGGACAAAAUAAAAGAGAUUCGAGAACUCUACCGGUGCGAUUGCAAGGCAUUUAUGUCGACUGGAUGGGCAUGCUCGCACGUCGUGGCUGCCAUGUCCAUUAACGAGCAGUUUGAUUUGGACUUGGCAGCGACACGCCUCCCGACAACAAAGCUCAGCGGUGGUCAGCGGAAGAUCCCUAAUGCCCUGACCAUUGACAUUACGGGGGCAAAGAGGUUUUCUACAAAGCUUAUCACACGCUUACAGAGAGAGCCCAUGUACAUUCAUAACUGGCAGGUGUAUGGAGUAGAGACGACUGAGUUCAUCACCGGCAGGAUCAAGGGCGCUCAAAUGAAGAAUGGUGUCUACCAAUGGCGUGUAAAGUUCGUCGACGGUGACGAACUAUUCUACGAGUGCCAAGACAUUGCUGAGAUCAUCGCUGCAUCGUGGAAUAUCGGACUCGACGUAACAAGUUUGGAUGAGCAAGCAUAA